GCCUUCAAUUCUCUCAUCUGGGUGUAAAGGAUUCCCUCAAAGACUUGUUUUCUCCCCAAAUGGAGAUUUCCUUAAUGAUGUAUACAAGGAACAACUUCAACUGUGCUGAGCCCCUCUUUGAGCAGAAUAACUCACUUAACAUUAAUUUCAACGUCAGCAAGAAAACAGUCUGGCUUAUUCAUGGGUACAGACCAACGGGCUCUGCUCCUCAAUGGCUUCAGAACUUCCUAAGGGUUUUGUUGAAUCAAGAUGAUAUAAAUGUAAUUGUAGUAGACUGGAACCGGGGUGCUACAACUCUCCUUUACAACAGAGCAGUUAAAAACACCAGAAAAGUUGCUGUGAGUUUAAGUAGCUACAUUCGGAAUCUUUUGGAUCAUGGGGCAUCUCUUCAUAAUUUUCAUUUCAUAGGUAUGAGCUUAGGGGCUCAUAUUAGUGGAUUUGUUGGAAAGAUAUUUCAAGGUCAACUUGGAAGAAUAACAGGUCUUGACCCUGCUGGGCCAAAAUUUUCUGGAAAAUCACCUAAGGACAGAUUAGCUUACACCGAUGCGAAGUUUGUGGAUGUUAUCCAUUCUGAUACCAAUGGUUUAGGCAUUAAAGAGCCUGUGGGACAUAUAGAUUUUUAUCCAAAUGGAGGAAAAACACAACCUGGCUGUCCUACAUCCAUUUUAUCAGAUUUCAAAGAUGGUUUAUGUGUGGACUGUGACUACAACAAGGGCAAAUCGUGUCCUAGAUUAGGUUAUCAAGCCGAGCUAUGGAAAGAUGCUUUAAAAACAAGAAGAGAGACCAUUGUGUUUUUGGAUACUAGUGGCAAGAGUCCAUUCUGUUCCUAUUAUUUUGUUCUCACUGUGACUCUUCUGGCUGAAACUAUGGAGGAUGGCUGUUUUAGAUUUAAAUUAUUAAACCACCUUGGAACGGUUAAAGAGCCAGAGAUCUAUGAGGAGAGAACAUCAUCUAAUGAACUCCAAGAAGUCAGGAUUCUUGCUCGAUUUUUAAAUGAUGUUGUAAAUAUUUCAAGCAUGAGUUUGACAUACUUUCAGAGCACAAAUUUGCAAUGUCUCCCAGGCGGCUACAACAUCCAGCGCAUCAUGUUACAAUCACUUACGUAUCCAGAAAGACCACCACUUUGCAAAUACAAUUUUGUACUUGAUGAAAAUGUGGAAGUAUAUCUCAAUCUACACACAUGCAUCGCAAGGAAAAUAUAA